CAAAAUCUCAAUUCAAUUCGCAAAGGCUCUUCGCGAAAGUUGCGUUCAUGGAGGUGGUGAGCAGUACGAGCAGCAGCAGCAUGAGCAUCAAGCGCUUCUUAAAAGAAAAAGGUUUCGACGAACAGAGCAUCGACAAGAUGCUCACAAAGUGCAAACAGUUAGAGAAGGCCCAAACCGACGUCGCUUCAGAAAACUGGGACUACCUAAGCAACAUCGUCGGCAUAAAAGACAGGAAACUCCCUUACAUCGUCUCCCGUUGCCCCAAGAUCCUAACUUUACGUCUCCACGAGAGACUCAUCCCCAUGUUCGAGUGCCUCUCCUCACUAGGAAGAAACCCACGUGAGGUUACUUCAGCUAUCACCAAGUUCCCUCCCAUACUCGCUCACAGCCUCGAGGAGAAGCUCUGUCCACUUCUUGCUUUCUUUCAAGCAUUGGGUGUCCCUGAGUCACAGCUUGGGAAGAUACUUCUUUUCAACCCGAGGCUUAUCAGUUACGGUAUUGAGACCAAGCUUGCUGUUAUUGUCGGGUUUCUGGCUAGCCUUGGUCUUGACAGAGAUGGUGGUAUGAUUGGUCAAGUUCUGGUUAAGCACCCUUUUCUUAUGGGGUAUAGUGUUGAGAAGAGGCUGCGUCCUACUACUGAGUUCUUGAAAUCAUCGGUGGGUUUGAGUGAUGAUGGGGUUCUGUCUGUGUUUAUGAACUUCCCACAAGUUGUGUGCAGGGAUGUGGAUAAGAUACUUAGACCGAACUAUGAGUAUUUGAAGGAGUGUGGUUUUGGUGAUGCGCAGAUUGCGAGUAUGGUGGCUGGUUAUCCUCCUGUUUUGAUAAAGAGUGUCAAGAACUCGUUGCAGCCUAGGAUUAGAUUCCUUGUGGAUGUUAUGGGAAGAGGGUUGGGUGAAGUGGCUAGUUAUCCUCAGUUCUUUCACCAUGGGUUGAAGAAGAAGGUGGAAGCGAGGUAUAAGCUUGUUAAGAAGAACAAUGUUGACUGCAGCCUUAGAGAUAUGUUGGACUGUAACACAAAGAAGUUCCAUGAAAAGUUUGGCUUUGGAGAGGUAACUGCAUCCUAAUGUGAUCUUAUAGCUUUUGUUCCUCUCUAGUUUUGCUUCAUCACUAUCACUCCUUGUAAGCUAUAUUUCUUGCAUGAGCUUUGCUUCAUCAAUCCUGUUAUUCAUGUAUCAUUGCUUCCAUAUUUCAUCUGCAAUUUUAUAUCAUUGAUUAAGAUAGAACAACCAAGCCACACUGGCGUGAUCAAGUGCAUAUCCAUAGAGCGUGCUCUUCCCCUUGUUUUCUAGUUAAAUGGUAGAACUUGAUGACAAGUUUGUUAAAGGACAAGUCAAGCCACAGCGAUCUUCAAGUGGAGAAUCCAAAGUUAUAACAAAAAAACUGAGUACUUUGUAAAACAUUACUAGAAGACUAGUCAUAUUGUUUUG